AUGGCUGCGACCACACCUGACACGCCGUCCGUGGACGUGGUCAUUGUUGGUAACGGGCCUUCAGCGCUUCUGCUGUCGUACAUCCUCCAUGGCAACAUUCCGUUUUAUAACCCCCACACACCUCAUCCGGACCCAAUCCUUCAUGAGAAGCUGAAGGAUGCGCCACAACUCCUGGACCUGGACAUUGACUUGCUCACCGAUCACUUCGAGGCCUCCCGCUUUCCGUAUUCGACUCAAGCCCUCCCAGUCAAUUCCCUUCUGGACUCCCUCGUACGUCCCAAUGCAGACACGGAAGAUGCGGAAAUGAAUACCUGCAUUCGCUGGCGUCAUAUGCCCGAAACGGCCGUCUCUCAUCUGGUCCUCGGUGACGCCCCGUACCCGGGGGGCCAGUGGACCGAAUGUCCCAAGUGGACAAACUGGGAUAUCCAGUCGCUCAGCUACGCCGGGAUGCUGUCUUUACCAGGAUACAGCUUCGGGGAAUAUCAUCGUGAACAUUUCGGGUCUGCACUUCCCGCGUUCACGAGACCAUCAAGAAGAGAGAUCGCUGACUAUUUUGCUGCGUACCCGGCGGCAGUCGGGAUAUCCGACAGCAUAAAAUCAGCGGAGACUGUUGGGAAUGUAACCCGCGUACCUGGCGGGUUUUAUAUCGCAUCACACAACCUCAAAUGCAGAUAUCUCGUCCUGGCAUCAGGCAUAUUCACACAACCCAAACCUGCUGGGCCACUCCUCCGCCCCUUGCUGAAAACAUCGAUUGCGAAACCUAAGCCAACUGCUGUCGGGGCCCCCCUUUUGGUGAUUGGAUCGGGUUUCUCCGCUGCGGAUAUUAUCAUUUCGGCCCCUAGCGACGAAAAGAUUAUUCAUGUUUUCAAAUGGGAUAAUAGUCGGCCUUCGCCGCUAAAAGGCUGCCACCAACAAGCAUAUCCGGAGUAUGCUGGCAUAUAUCGACUCAUGAAGAGAAGUGCCUCUGCCGUUGCAGAGCGAUCCACUGAUCAUCGUCCGCGACCGUGGUUUCGCCCCGCUACGUUGACUCCAUUUUUAAAAAGCCGGGAGUGGUCCGCUAUAUACGAAGGCCUACCCAACGCGUGUGUCGUCGACGCGGAAGUCAACGAUGAGGGGGCGUUUGCCACAUUGCAGCUAGAAGACGGUACAGUUGUUCGGCGUGAAAUAUCCGGGUUGGCCUACGCAGUAGGCCGACAAGGUUCAUUGGAAUACCUCUCCAACGCCAUCAGACGGGAAAUUGUCGGCCAUACAGGGCAAGAAGCCAUUGAUACGGGUUUGAUAUCUGCGUCAACCCUGCGUGGAGCCGCUCUGACGGACCUGGAAAUUGCCAAGGAUAUCUUCAUUAUUGGGAGUCUAACUGGUGAUUCCCUGAUUCGUUUCGCGUACGGGGCAUGCGUGCUCCGAUAUCUUCCCAAAAUAGGGACCCAAGACACAAAUCUCGGCCUGACAACAUCAUGA